CGGAUUCUCCUUUGGUCUCGGUGAUGUCCCACCUGCUCUCCUUCCUGGAGCAUUACUCCCAGAUGCAGCGGCUGCAGGAGAAGGCAGGCGAGUACCGCUCCCGGCUGCGCAAAGAGGAGAGCCGGCGGCGCAAGCAGCUCCGGAGCCUGAAGAGAGCCUGCAGGCAGCGCAUGCAGGACAAGCUCAGCCUCAUCGAGAGCCUGGAGCGCAUCAUCGCGGAGCAGCAGAGCCUCCUGGAGAAGGUGCACGCAGGUGUGACACUGCCCUCACCUUGCUUGCUCUACCCAAUGGCUCCGGCUAGUGUCCAUCAGCUGGUGGAGUCCAUCCAUGCACUCCAAGGAGAGAGGAGUCGGCUCACGGAGGAAGUGGCCAGGCUCAGGCAGAAGGCGGAAGACCGGGAGAAGGAGACCGAGAACCUGGCCGGUACCUUCUGCCAACAGAUCCAACGCCUGAAGCAACAGAUUCAAGAGCGAGAGGAGGAACUGGCGCGGCUCCGCAUGGGAACGGGGAUCACCGACUCGGAGAAGCGGAUCUACAACCUGACGGUGGAGAACGAGGGGCUGAAGCAGAGCCUGGGCCUCACCCAGGGACUCUUGGAGCAGCUGGCCACCACCUCGGCUCAGCCCCCACCCCACCUCCUCAAGGAGAAUGAGGACCUGCGGGGCAAAGUCCAGUGCCUGGAAGCCACUUUGCAGCAGAAGGUGGAGGAGGCGGUGGGGCUGGAGGCCCAGAUGGACCGUCUCCAGUGGCGCAAAGAGGAGGAAGUGCGCCGCCUGGACGAGCAGCUGCGUGACCUCCAGCUCUCCUUGGAAGCCCAAAAGAGCCGCCCACCUGAGAUCCAGUACGUCACCCAGACGGUGGAGGUGGACUCCCCGCGCAGCCUGCAAGCCGUGGCCGAAGCCGAGGAGCGCAACCGGACCUUGACCAAGCAGCUCUCGUGCCAAACCCAGCGCUGCCAGCGGAUGACCCAACAGCUCCACUCCUCCGAAGAGGUGGCCCGAGGACUGCGGAACAAGAUCUCCGCUUAUGAGUCUGAAAUCGCAGGGUUGCGGCAAGAACUGCUCUGCGAGAUCAACCAGUUGGAGGCCAGAAAGGAAGAGGCCGUCCGGGAGGCCUCCCAGUGCUCCCAGCAACACUUGCAGCACCUGCGCCAGCAGCUGGCAGGCGUGCAACAGCGUCUAGACUCCCUCCAGCCGCUCCUCCGGGGCAUGAAAACCGACUACGGCAGCCUGCGUGGACAAGUGCGCAACUUUGCCGACUGCUACGAAGCCGCCCUCAAUGAGGCUCGGAGGCAGAUGAGUUCGGCCAUCAACGAAGUGUCCAACGCCAACCAUUCGCUGCGGGAGCGCUACCAGCGAGAGGUGCAGCUGCGCAAGAAAUACCAGGACCAGCUCUUGGAGCUGAAAGGAAACAUCCGCGUUUUGUGCCGCCUGAAGCCGCUGACCAAAGGCGAGGAGCAGGAGGGCGAAGGAGGGGCCAAAGUGGAGGCUGACCCCCUGGACGAGUCCUGCGUGACGGCCUACUACAAGGGCAAGGAGCACAGCUUCCGGCUGGACAAGGUCUUCUUGCCACAGGCAACCCAGGAGGAGGUCUUCCUGGAGAUUGAGCCCUUGAUCAUGUCCUGCCUCAAUGGCUACAACGUUUGCAUCUUCGCCUAUGGCCAGACUGGCUCGGGAAAGACCUACACCAUGGAGGGUGUCCCAGAGAACCCCGGGAUCAACCAGCGCGCCUUGCAGGCUCUCUACCGGGAGAUGGAAGCCAAGGGAGAGGCCUGGAAGUACAGCGUCAGCCUCUGCAUGGUGGAGAUCUACAACGAAGGGAUCAGGGACCUCCUGACCAAGGAUUCUCCAGAGAAACUGGACGUCAAACUGAACCCGGACGGGAGCGGCCAGGUGCAUGUUCCGGGACUGACCAGCCUGGAAGUGAAGAGCCUCCGGGAGAUCAAGAAGAUCCUUUCGCUGGGCAAGCGCAACCGGGCCACCUCUUGCACCCACAUGAACGAGCGCAGCUCUCGUUCGCACGCCCUGCUCACCGUCACCAUCGUGGGCACUGAGGUGGCCAGCGGCACCAAGCUCACAGGAAAGCUGAACCUGGUGGACCUGGCCGGUUCAGAGCGGGUCUGGAAGUCCGGGGCGCAAGGCGAGCGUCUGAAGGAGGCCCAGAACAUCAACCGGUCCCUGCUGGCCUUGGGAGAGGUCAUCCAGGCCCUUCGCGCCAAGCAGGCCCACGUCCCCUUCCGCAACUCCAAGCUCACCUACCUGCUGCAGGACUCCCUGGGGAAGGGCAGCAAGACCAUCAUGAUGGUGCAGAUCUCUCCCUUGGAGAAGAACGUCGGUGAGUCCGUCUGCUCCCUCAAGUUCGCCCAACGCGUCUGCAAAGUGGAGCUGGGCCCAGCCUCCCGACGUGUGGACUCCUCUUCCUCCGCGCAACACAACAGCUGAGCUCUUCCUCAAAGGAAACCCUGCUUUUGCAUCGCCAGGAAUGAGUUGGGAGCAAGAGUGCAAGAGCAUUUUGCUCGGGCCUUCCUCAUUCGCCUCCUCUCCAAAUAGGCUGGUCCUCAAGACAUCCUCUCUGCCCUUUCUGGAAGAAGAUUGCCAUGCAUUUGCCCUC